AGACUGUUUGGUGGAAGACCUGGCAAAUCUUCUCUCCUCCAGCGCACUUCGGCAUGUCGUCCGCACCACCGCCGCCAUUCCUCCGCCUGCACCCGCACUCUUCUAUCUCUUCCUUCUCAUCCCCACGGCUUCCGCACCUUUCCCCACGAACCCGCCCGUGGAGGCUCGCCGCGGCGCGCGAGAUGCCGUGGCCGCAUGUGCUCACGGUGGCGGGCUCCGACUCCAGCGCCGGCGCCGGCAUCCAGGCCGACGUUAAGGCCUGCGCCGCCCUGGGGGCAUACUGCUCCUCCGUCAUCACUGCCGUCACCGCCCAGAACACUGCCGGCGUCCAGGGGGUUCAUCUUGUGCCGGAGGAAUUAAUCCGGGAGCAGCUCAAAUCGGUUCUUUCGGAUAUGUCGGUGGACGUGGUGAAAACAGGAAUGCUCCCUUCGGCUGGAAUAAUUCAAAUUCUGUGUGAGAGUCUCCGGAAGUUUCCAGUCAAAGCUUUAGUGGUGGAUCCAGUUAUGGUGUCUACAAGUGGAGAUAGUCUUUCAGAUCCAUCUACUCUCACUAACUAUAGGGAUGAAUUAUUUGCCAUGGCCGAUAUAGUCACCCCAAAUGUGAAAGAAGCGUCAAAAUUACUUGGGGGUGUAUCAUUGCACACAAUCUCCGACAUGCGUGAUGCAGCAGAAUCCAUUUACAAACUUGGUCCAAGAUAUGUACUUGUGAAAGGCGGGGACAUGCCAGAUUCGUCAGAAGCUAUUGACGUAUUGUAUGAUGGUAAGGAAUUCGUCGAGCUUCGUGGGCAUCGUAUAAAGACCCGCAACACACACGGAACUGGUUGCACUUUAGCUUCAUCUAUAGCGGCCGAAUUAGCAAAAGGUUCAAGUAUGCUGAAUGCUGUCCAGGUGGCGAAGAACUUUGUUGAAUCGGCUCUUCAUCACAGUAAAGACCUUGUCAUUGGAAAUGGACCUCAAGGCCCUUUUGAUCACCUUUUCAGGCUCAAGCGUCCUCCAUACAAUAUUGGAUCACAGCAAAGGUUCAAUCCAGACAGCCUCUUCCUGUAUGCAGUGACAGACUCUAGGAUGAACAAAAAGUGGGGUCAUUCAAUAGAAGAUGCUGUGAAAGCUGCAAUUGAAGGAGGCGCCACCAUUGUCCAACUGAGAGAAAAGGACAUUGAAUCACGAGCAUUCCUGGAGGCUGCCAAGGCUUGCAUGGAGAUUUGCAAGUCAAGUGGAGUGUCGCUGCUGAUCAACGACCGUGUAGACAUUGCCCUGGCGUGCAAUGCUGACGGUGUCCAUGUUGGCCAAUCAGACAUUUCAGCACGGGAGGUUCGGGAGCUCCUAGGACCGGGUAAAAUCAUCGGUGUCUCGUGCAAGACCCCUGCUCAAGCCGAGCAGGCUUGGAGAGACGGGGCGGACUACCUCGGCUGCGGCGGCGUCUUCCCAACCACGACGAAGGCGAACAAUCCCACCUUGGGAUUUGAAGGGCUGAAGGCUGUCUGCCUGGCUUCAAAGUUGCCUGUGGUUGCCAUUGGUGGCAUCAACACAACAAAUGCAGGUUCGGUGAUGGAACUCCGCCUCCCCAAUCUCAAAGGCGUCGCCGUGGUCUCUGCUUUGUUCGACCGUGAAUGCGUCUCGACUGAGACAAGAAACCUCAGAUCGAUCUUGACGAGUGUGCGGUGCUUGGCUUAGAUCUUAGAGCUUUUGUUUUGUCAAGGGAGAAUAAGCUUUCACUCCUGUCAAGUGUAAUAAAGAGGUGUAAUACUCCUGAAAAUCUACAUUCACGACUACACUAGUGGUUGGGGCGCCACCCUGUGGCGCCUCUUAAAGCGGGCCUGUGCGCACUUAUCUUGUGUUAGCACAUUUGGUUAUCAUGUUUGGUCCUCAGUCUCAUUCAUGUAGAUCAAUAUGAGUGUAUACUAUAACAUUAAGAUCUAUUAGUAGCA